CGCGAUCUUGCUCAUGGCGCGGACGAAGCAAACAGCGCGGAAGAGCACAGGGGGCAAGGCCCCGCGGCAGCAGCAGAGCGCCAUGCCAGCGCCCGAGGACCCCGCGCGCAUGAAGGACUUGACGGACGAGGAGCGCGAGUCGCGGGAUGCGAGCGUCGAGGAAGCGCUCCUCCUCGCGGAAGCCAAGGAAGCCGUGCUUGAGGCCAUGUCGGCUACCUCGACGGACCGGCGGUACUUUGAGGCGAUCCUCCGGCUCCAUCGCAUGGCGGUAGCAGCCCUCGACGAGAAGGAGGUCGACGCGGUGCUCGCGGCCGCCAAGUUCCUCGAUGACAAGGCGUGCCCGCACCGCGCGACGCGGCUUCGGCAUCGUCUGCACCUGCUCCUCCUCGAGCACGACGACGACCGCGCGUAUGCGUACAUCACGGAGACUCUCUACCUCAACUUUCAUGCGACGGCGCCGGACGCGGUUGCGAUUGCGACCAAGGACAAGAAUGACGGCCCGUCGAGCGCCAUCGCAUUCGACGUGCAAGAGGUCAUCAUGACCAAGCUCCGCGGUCUCAAGCAGCACAUGACACAGACGUACACGGGCGACCUCGAGCUGGACGGCAACGGCGUCUUCACGCUGAGCAACAUGAGUGCGCUCACGCGCGAGAUCAUCUUCCGCGGACUCGUCCGGGGCGACGACAGCGUUGGCUUUUCCGACCAAGAGAAGCAGUGCGUCAUCCGCACGAUGCUCAAGCACCACCAGCUCGAAUGGACCGACUUUCCCGAGUACAUCACCGCGGUCGGUGCGAGUCUCCAAGCAGCGGCGUUUUCCGACGAGGCGAUCGCGACCGACCUUGCCUCGUUCUCGACGCCCCAGCUCGAUGCGCUCUGGGAAGCCCAUCACGACGCGCUCGCGCAGAGCACCUCGUUUGCGCUGCGCUACUUGGCCGCGCUUCGCAGCUCGUUCACGGCCAAGACGGACAUCGUGCCGUACGUGCAAGCGGCGCUGGCGUCGCUCCAGCGCCUUGGUCUCUCGGUCAAUCCCCUGCGUUUCGUGCUUUUACACCAAUGGCUCUGCGCGAUCGAGCACGCGCCGACCGACAAUGGAAGCCUCUUCCUCGACUAUAUUUCGAUCCCGCGCGUCGCUUCGUAUGUCAACGAGAGCUUUCUCAAGGCCGCCGAGGUCCACGAAGUCGUCAUCUUUGACGCGUACACGACGCAAGUCUUUCGUGGUGGCGCGGGCCAAGGGCGGAUCCAGCUGCACGACAUGUGCGCGACCCUCGGCUUUGAUGCAAUCACGGCCGAGAGUGACGAGCGCCUCAUCAAGGGUUUUCUGACGCACUUGCUGCCGGCUGGUGCGGAAGCGAGCGACUUUGAGCCGUACCUCGAGCCAAUGUUUCUCCAAACGCAGCUCGCGGUGGCGAUGCUGAGCUCGGGUAAAGGGUCGCGGGCCGAGUACGAAGCGUACUUGGUCGAUUCGGGCGUCGAGCACGACGUCUUCGAGUCGUCCGAGGUGCGUUUUGCUGCGUCCAACCCGGAUACGUUUGCCCCGGACGCGCCCGUCUCGCUGCUGCUGCACGUCAAGAACACGGCGUCCAUCACGGUGCAGCUCUUCCAACUCAACGUGGCCGACGGGCUGCGCCGGACGUUCGAAGCCAUCAAGAGCAACAUCUCGCUCGACGGGCUCUUGCCCAACGAAGAGUUUACGGUCGCGUUCGAGAACGUUCCGAGCCACGUGCGCACGGCGCACCGCAUUGCGUUCCCGUCGCUGGACGCGAUUCGCCGCGGCGUCUUUGUCGUCGAAGUCGUGGGUGCCGAUGCGGCGUGCCGCGCGGUCAUUCGGAAGGGCCAUUUGCAUUUUGUACAACAGUGUACGGUCGCUGGCCACGACUUUCGCGCGUUUGACGAAGCCCAUGCGCCGCUGCGGGACUUUGUCGUGGCGCUGCCCGACCCGGUCAACCGAGCGAUCGUCAAGACAUUUGCUGCGGUCGACGGUGUGGCCACGGUGCCCUAUUACGCCGCGCUCGACGAGACGACCUCGAUUUCGACCAAGUACCCGGUGGUUGUCGGCGUCGAGGACUUCGGCGUGCUGGGCGAUUUUGCGUAUUGCGAGGAGGCGUACGCCCUCGAGGCCAAGAUUGCGAUCGACGCCGAGCAGCUCGUGCCCGGCUUCCGAGCGACUGUGCUCGUUCGUGGCGCCUUGUACGUCAACGGCGCGCUUGCGCCCACGAGUUUGCUCCAAAACACCGUCUUGACAAUGGAGACAACGAGCCGGGCAGGGACGGUCAACCGCAAGGAGCUCCGGAACCUCGCACGCUUGAGCGACACGCGCGACCUCGCGCGCGUGAUUGAGAUUCCAAGUGACGCUAUCUCGCUCCAAAUCAAGUUGUCGGGGGACGUGGCCUCGGCGUCUGGAUCAUCGUCGAAGCGGGCGACAACGCUGCGUCAUGUCGAACAUGUACAGCAGUUUAGCCUCCACACAAGUACGGGCCACGACGGCCAGCUUUUUGGUGUGCACCUCAAGACGAUUGAGAAGGCGUUUGUGCUGCUCGUACUCGGACACAACGGCGAGCCGGUAGCGAAAGCGUCGUUGGCGGUUCGCUUCCACCACUUGGCGCUCGCCGAGCAAGUUGAGCGCGCAGCCGUCUCGAACGAGCAUGGCGAAGUGCAUCUCGGACCCCUGGACGACAUCAAGUCGAUUCAAGUGACGUCGGCGACAGGCGGGUACUGGACGUGGACCCUUCCGGGCCUGGCCGACCACUCGAGCUGGAGCCGGUUCGUCUCGGCGCCGAACGCUCCGACGCUCCACGCCGCCGUCAACGACGUUGUCGUACUGCCGGUGCCGAGUAACAUCCAAGCGACGCUGCGCUCGUGGGUCGAGCGCGGCUGGAUUGCGCUCACGCAGACGCACACGAGCCACAACACGACGUAUACGUCGGUGCCCGCGCCGGACGCGUGCGCUGUCGUUGUCCAAGACGACGGCUGCUUGGCGCUUACGGCGGCCGUUGCUGGCUGGUACCGAGUGACGCUCAAGCCGUUUGGGGCUUGCUACAAGGUGCGCAUCCUGGAGAAAGAGCUCUUGCCGCCGUCCAAGACGCACACGCGGUACCUGCUUCACGGCAACGACACGAUCAUUGGGACAUCCAUCCCGAAUCGCCCGGUGGUCAUUGCGUCCGUCGCGUCGACGCCGGAUGCGAUCCGUGUGCAGCUGGGCAAUGCGACGCCGGCGACGCGUGUCCACAUUGUGUGCAAGCGUUUUCUGGACGACGGUGGCUUUGCGAGCGACAGCUACCUCGACAUUACGUCCCGGGCGAGCGCCAGUGUCGAACACAACUCGUCGUACCCGUCGUCGACGUACUUUGCCAGCAAGCGCAUUAGCGACGAGUACGCGUACGUGCUGAGCCGCCGGGCGUACGUGAGCGCACACCCACACUCGGCGCUCCUGCAAGGCUCGGCCUUGCCGCACCCGUCGCUGCUGCUCCACCCGUACGCUGUCGAGGAGACGUCGAGCGGCAACCUCGCCGAGACGAGUCAAGGUGAAGGGUACGCCGCUCAAUCGAGGCUCGCCAAGUCAGCCAUGCGUCGUAUGAUGGGACGUUGUUUGCCCAGUUCUUCUUUUGGGGAAUCGCGGCGCGCCAACACGUCGUUUCUCGCAGACGGUUCCGUCGUCUUCUUCAACGUCGCCGUGGACGAUGCGGGUGCUGCUGUCGCAUUGCUCGAUGUCCAGACGCUCUCUGGCGUGUACGAGGUUGCAGUUGUCGCGAUUGACGGCGAGGUCACGGCGUCGCGCCAUACGAAUCUGGACGUCGGACCACGUACGGAGCCGCGCGGGAAGGUGCCGCUGCGCGACACGCGUCUCUCGAGCGCCGAGGCCCUCGGGACGGAGCCAGGAGUGCACUACCUGCAGUACCGCGGCCACAAAUGCCUCUCGCCGGGCGAAACCCUGCGUCUGGCGCGCACGUCGGCGACCAAAGUUGAGGUCUACGACUCGAUCGAGCACGCGUUCAGCCUUCUUGACGCCCUCACAUCGCGCAGUGUGCUCUUGAACGCCUUUCUCAAGGCGUGGGGUAGCUACGAUACGAAGCAGAAGGCGGCGCUCUACAGCGCGAAUGCAUCGGGCGAGUUGAACGUCUUCUUGUUCAAGAAGGACCGGAGCUUCUUCCUCGCCGUUGUCGCGCCGCACCUUGAGGCCAAGCUCGUCAAGUCGUUUGUCGACCAUUACGUUCUUGGUCACAUCGAUGUACUGGCGGCGAUCGCGGCGUCGCACGUGCAACUGGAACGACUGACGUUGAUUGAACUGCUGCUGCUGGCCGAGGCGCUGCCGACAGCCGACGGCAUUUGCGACCAUGUCGAGCGGCUCAUCGAGAGCUACUACGACGACGCGACGACGCUCAAGCUCCCGGCACUCUUUGAGCACGUUCUUGUCGCCAAGAACGACGACGACGCUGUUUUACUCGACGCCGACGCCGACGCCGACGAUUCGCGCGUCACGUUUGAAGACGAGGGCUUGGUUCUGUCAGGUAAGCUGCGCGAAAGUUGUGCGGUACCUCAGUAUUCGCCAACGUCGCCUGCGUACUCCCCCACGUCGCCUGCGUACUCCCCCACGUCGCCGGCCUACGCGCCCACGUCAUCGCCUUUUGCCUUUGGUGCCACCACGACUACUCCUGCGCGACCCGCGAUGGCUGCGAGUCCUUUUGGCUUUGCAGCGUCGUCGGCGGAAUUUGCGUUUGGCAGCGCGGCCCCCACCUCGGGGUUUGCUACUGAUAAACCGGCCUCGAGCGCCCCGACGUUUGGUGCGUUUGGUGCAUCGUCGUUCAGCGCUGCGCCGGCGGCUACCCCGUUCAAAAAGAGCCAUCGCGACUCGGACGAGGAGUACGACUUGUGCGACGAUGACGACGACGACGACGAUGACAGCGAUGACGACAUCGGUGACAACAAAGAUGGCGACGCGACAAAGGUGGCUGCGCGCAAGAUCUACAAGGCGCCUGGGAGCACCAAGAAGCACGUUGAGACGCGGUAUCACGACGGCACGGAUGCGCGCCAGCUUCGGAGCGGCGGGCUUUUGCCACCGAGCGUUGCCUUGACGCAUGGUCAAUGGAAGCAGAGCGCGAUGAACAAGUACUGGCUCGACUAUGCGCGCCAUCUUCGAUUGUCCAAGACAGCACCGUUUGUCUCGGCCUACUUUCCGGAAGCGCACAGCUGCUUUGCCGAAAUCAUGCUGGCUAUGGCGGUGCUGGACCUGCCGCUCACGUCCACGUCGUCCAACGCGCAGGUUCAGGUCGACGACGCGAGCAUUUGUGUGACGGCGGCCGGUGCGCACCCGAUCGUCGUCUACUACGAAGACCUGCAACAGCAAGUCGACGUCGUUGUGCCGGACGCGAUUGCCGCGCAGGCCGCCAACCUCAUUGUGACGCAGACCGUGUUCAACCCCGCCGACUCGAACGUCUCGAACGGCCUGCUCAAGCCCGUGGCCGAGUUUGUGACGCAGACCAUGUACGGCUGUCAAGUGACCGUGAGCAACUUGAGCCCGCUCCCGCUGCGGGACGUGCAGCUGCUCUUGCAGAUCCCGCACGGCGCGAUUCCGCUGCAGAGCGACGGCUUCUUCACGCGCAGCACGACGUUUGAUCUCGGCGGCAACGAGAACGAGAUCGUCGUCUACUACUUUUACUUUGCGGCGCCCGGGACGUUUUCGCACUACCCUGCGCACGUUGCGAUCCAAAACACGACCGUGCGCUUUGCCUCAACGGACGCCUCGCAGCUUGUCGUGAUGGCCGAGCGCAAGGCCAUCGACACGACGUCGUGGCAUGACGUCUCAGCCCGCGGGUCGACAGCCGACGUCGUUGCCUUUUUGCGGCAGCACAAGAAGCUCGAGACGCUCGACCUCGAUCGCAUCACGUGGCGCCUCCGCGACCGCGCUUCCUAUGACGCGGUGACGAGUCUCCUCCGCGCGCGCUUCGUCUACAGCCCGGCGGUCUCUCAGUACGCUGCGUACCACAAGGACAAGGUCGGGAUUGUCGACGUCUUGCAGCGCGCCGUGCCCUUUCUGCAUGCAGCCGGUCCUGGCGUUCAGAGCUGCAUUGGCUCGCUCGACGUACUCGACGGCCCGCUGAGUCUGCAGGCGUGUCUGGAACUGGCCGAGUUUUCGCCCUACAUUGUGCGUCGCGUGCACUCGAUGGCGUCGGCCAAGAAGCAAAAGACGCCGCUCAACAAGGAGCUCCAAGCGCACUACGAGCGCGUGUGCGCCAAGCUCGCGCUCCUUCCGGCGCUCGGCGACGCCGACUACCUCGUCCUAGCCUACUUUCUGAUCGUCUUCAACCGCGUCGAUACGGCGCUCACGUGCUUUGCCAAGGUCGCGCGGGACGCGGUGCCAACGCUGCAGUACGACUACAUGGACGCGUACUUGGACUUUUUCCGGCCAAGUGAGGACGCUGAGGCGUCGUACCCGCGCGCGCGAGCGGCGAGCGAAACGUACGCGUCGUACCCGCACCGCCGGUGGCACGACCUCUUUGCCAACGUGCGGGCGCAGCUGGCGACGCUCGAUGCGCUCGUGCACCGGGGCAUGGCUCUCGACGCAGUCGCCAUGGACGACGUGGGCGUCACCAUGACGGUGCACCGCGACCGCGUCGAGUUGGUGCAAAAGGGCCACCGCAUCAAGACCGGCCGCCUGCUCUUGUACCCUGUCGACGUGGAAGUCAUGUUCUCGACCGAGCCGUUUGGCUCCAAGACUGCGCAGGCGUCGUCGAUCGCGCUCGUGCAGCCGCGCGCGACGGUAGCAGUGGAGCUCUCGGCGAAUUCGACGACGGUUGAUAUUCCCGAGGCGCUCCAGAGCCUGCAGAUGAUGGUGACGUUUGCGCCGACGGGGCACCCCGAGUGGGACGUGACGCGGCCGCACUACUGCGACUCGAUGGAGAUGGACUUUGACGUGGACGGCGGCAAGCUCCAAGUGUUUGCCAACCACCGGCCGCUGCCGCGUGCGUACGUCAAGGUGUUUGUGCAAACCAAGAGCGGCGGCGCCAAAGGCCGGUUCUACAAGGACGGGUACACGGACAUUUGCGGCUGCUUCGACUACAUGGGCAUCAACGACACCAAGCACCUCCUCCAGGUCAAGGCGCUCGCACUGCUUAUUCUGCACCCGACGCACGGCGCCGUCGUGCGCCAGCUCCAACCGCCCGCGUCCAUCUCGACCGCCAACGACGCCAAGAAGCACUAACUGUUGGAAGUUGCAUAUUGCACUUACUGCAAGAUAGCUAAAAGCUAUAAAUAUCACUCUACAUUUCACCGAC